GCUGGCUUUGGCUAGCACAGGUUAUUCACAGUCGCUGUCACACAUGCAGCGAGGCAGGUGUGUAGCCUAGAGAACAAGUGCCCCCUUCACAUUUAACAUAUUUUAUAUUAUUUAAAAUUGUAAAACACCACCAUCAUGUUGUGGACGGCGAACAGGAUCAUAAGACAAUUCUCCACCACCUCCCAUUAUUACCAAAAUAAGCUGAAACUCGCCCUCAUUGGCCAGAGCCUGUUUGGUCAGGAAGUGUAUACCAACCUUCGGAAACAGGGUCACAAAGUGGUAGGUGUGUUUACCGUGCCGGACAAGGAUGGCAAGGCAGACCCCCUGGCGGUGGCAGCCGAGAAGGACGGGACUCCGGUCUUCAAGUUCCCGCGGUGGCGCAUCAAGGGCAAGCCCAUCACCGAGGUGGUGGAGGCCUACAAGGCGGUGGGGGCCGAGCUCAACGUCAUGCCCUUCUGCUCGCAGUUCAUCCCCAUGAACGUCAUUGACCACCCCACCCACGGCUCCAUCAUCUAUCACCCCUCCAUUCUGCCGCUGCACCGCGGCGCCUCCUCCAUCAACUGGACCCUGAUCCAUGGUGAUAAAAAAGCCGGCUUCUCCAUCUUCUGGGCGGAUGACGGUCUGGACACAGGGCCCAUACUGCUCCAGAAGGAUUGUGUGGUGGAGCCCAACGACACCGUGGACACCCUCUACAACCGCUUCCUCUUUCCAGAGGGCAUUAAGACCAUGGUUGAGUCCGUCCAGCUCAUCGCUGACGGGAAAGCUUCUCGUAUCCCCCAGUCUGAGGAAGGAGCUAGCUACGAGGGAAUCCAGAAGAAAUCCAACUCCAAAGUCAACCUAUCUCAGCCAGCAGAAGUCAUCCACAAUUGGAUUCGUGGCCACGACAAAGUUCCCGGGGCGUGGACGGUCAUUGAUGGUCAGAAAGUGACCCUUUAUGGGUCAUCCAUGUUGGCCGGGUCGAUACCGUUGGGCCAGCCCCUGGACAUGGAGGGUGCCGUCCAGGCUGGUCUGGUCACCAAGAACGGACUGGUUGUGUUCGGAUCUGAUGGCAAAGCAAUCCUGGUGAAGAGCCUCCAGUUUGAGGAUGGGAAAAUGAUCCCAGCCUCCAAGUACUUCUCCUCUGGGGAGAGCACAAGCGUGGAUCUGACCGACGACGAGAAGAAGAUGGCAGAGGAGAUCAGGAGCAUCUGGAAAGGAAUCCUGAGUAACGUGGCUGUUAUCGAGGAGGCCACAGACUUCUUCAAGUCCGGGGCCGCCUCCAUGGACGUGGUCAGGCUGGUUGAGGAGAUCAAGCAGAAGUGCUCAGGCGUGCAGCUGCAGAACGAGGACGUGUACAUGGCCACCACCUUCGGGGACUUCGUCCAGAUGUUUGUGCGGAGACUGAGAGGAGAAGACCAGGAGGAGGAGCUGGUCGUCAGUUACGCCACUAAAGAGAUCAACAACAUGACGGUGAAGAUGCCGUAUCAGUGCUUCAUCGACGGGAAGUUUGAGGACGCAGAGAACGGCAAGACCUGCGACACCAUCAACCCUUCUGAUGGCUCUGUGAUCUGCAAAGUGGCAUAUGCUUCAGUGGGAGAUGUGGACCGGGCAGUGGCAGCUGCCAAGGAGGCCUUUGAGACAGGCCCAUGGGGCAGGAUGAACCCCAGGGACAGAGGAACGCUGCUCUACAAACUGGCUGAUCUUAUGGAGGAACACCAGGAGGAGUUGGCCACCAUUGAGUCCAUGGACUCUGGGGCCGUGUACACCCUGGCCCUCAAGACCCAUGUGGGUAUGUCUAUCCAGACCUUCCGCUACUUCGCCGGCUGGUGUGACAAGAUCCAGGGCAAGACGAUACCUAUCAACCAGGCCAGGCCAAACCGAAACUUGACCUUCACCAAGAAAGAGCCCUUGGGGGUGUGUGCCAUCGUCAUCCCCUGGAACUACCCGCUCAUGAUGUUGGCAUGGAAGAGUGCUGCCUGCCUCGCAGCUGGAAACACACUGGUGCUAAAACCUGCGCAGGUGACUCCCUUGACUGCGUUGAAGUUCGCUGAGCUGACAGUGAAGGCCUGUAUUCCCAAAGGUGUCAUCAACAUAGUUCCCGGAUCAGGGGGGUUGGUGGGCCAACGUCUCUCAGAUCACCCUGACAUCCGUAAACUAGGCUUUACAGGUUCCACGCCCAUCGGCAAACAGAUCAUGAAGAGCUGCGCUGUUAGUAACUUGAAGAAGGUGUCUCUGGAACUUGGGGGAAAGUCUCCACUUAUCAUCUUUGCCGACUGUGAUAUGGACAAGGCCGUACGCAUGGGUAUGAGCUCUGUUUUUUUCAAUAAAGGGGAGAACUGCAUCGCAGCUGGUCGCCUGUUUGUGGAGGAGUCCAUUCAUGACAAGUACAUCAGUAGAGUGGUGGAGGAGAUCAAGAAGAUGAAGAUCGGGGAUCCUCUGGACCGCUCUACGGACCAUGGGCCCCAGAACCACAAGGCCCACAUGGACAAGCUGGUGGAGUACUGUGAAGUGGGCCUGAAAGAGGGUGCCACACUGGUGUGCGGGGGUCACCAAGUAGACAGACCAGGGUUCUUCAUGGAGCCCACGGUGUUUACAGACGUUGAGGACCACAUGUUCAUCGCCAAAGAGGAGUCCUUCGGUCCCAUCAUGGUGGUGUCCAAGUUCAAAGAAGGGGAUGUGGACGGCGUGCUUCGGAGGGCCAACGACACAGAGUUUGGCCUUGCGUCCGGCGUGUUCACACGUGACAUCAGCAAGGCCAUGUACGUGAGUGAGAAGCUAGAGGCGGGGACUGUGUUCGUCAACACGUACAACAAGACCGACGUGGCCGCGCCGUUCGGCGGUUUCAAACAGUCAGGCUUUGGCAAAGACCUCGGAGAGGAUGCUCUUCUGGAAUACCUUAGGACCAAAGCAGUGACUGUGGAAUACUGAGCCAGCACCGCCCUUCCUAACAAACCAACCCUCAACUGACCAGGCCACCCAAUACUAAGCACAGCUACAGCUUUUCAUUGUAGCUCACACAGGCUAACUGGGUUUUGGCGCUUCAUCAAAGCUGCUGGUACCGUUAUUUUGCUGAAUACAUUUGCAAAUCUUUUUCAAAAUUUCGUGUAUUUGUAAAUAUUUUAUUACAGAAGUGGAAAUGAACUGUUAUAUAUUUUUUGACAUUGUAUUCAGUCAUACUAUCAGACCAUUUGUUUUAAAGCACACCAACCUAGUUUUAUGGGGUUUUACUUUUUGUAAUAUAUUAAAAAGAAACUAACAGAGAAGAAUGAAUACAGUAUUGUUAAAAGGAGUUGGCCACAGGCACGGUUCCAAGGGCUAUGAAAUCCUAUGUUUCCAUCAUCUGUGCCAUUGUUUGUUAAGCACUUGGCGAAUCUGUACAAAAAGGGAGACUCUUGUUCCACACACUCAGCACCUAUCUGUCAGUGUUCACUUUGAAAUGAGCAUUGGUGAAUAAAUUAUCGUCUCUUUCAAA